AUGGGAAAUUGCACGCUAAAAUCAACAGAGUCAGAAGAUUAAACAGGUAAAAGUGUUGCCUUAUUUUAGUGAUCUCCAUCUCCAAUUUCACACAGAAGAGUGUUAUAGGCAAGGGAGGUUUUGGAAAGGUAAGAUUAAAGAAAAUAAUAAAGGAAAUUAGGUCUGGAUGGUGGAGAACAAAAAGUCAAAAAGCUUGUAUGCUAUGAA